AAACAAACUCGCUAAUGAGCUCAGCGCAGGUACAGUUCUUUCCUCUUCCCGAUCCGAUCCGUCCCUCCGGAUCGGAGCCCGCAAAAGUCCUGGCUCUCCCGGCAGGGGAGCGGUUAGCGGAGAACCCGGGGAGCCUGCCUGCUCCGUAGCCCGCCCCGGUCGCUUCCCCCGCCACUUCCGCGGCUGUACCUGCUGGGAGGCUGAAGCUGACCAGAGCGCAGGCUGCGCGCGAAGAACGGGGCUGGGUGAAACCGACCAGGACUCAACGGUCCAUCCCCGGGACGCUGCGGGCCUGGCUUGUUGCAAGGUUCCAUCCUAGAACGUUGAGGAAACUUUUGUUCGCUGCUCUCCUUGCAACGUCACCUGCUCCCUGGAAAUCCCUCUCGCUGCUGAUUUAUUGUUUUAUUUUUAUUUUAUUUGAAAGGAAAAGCCCCUUCCCAAGUUGGGUGAAAGUUUGUCCCUGUUUUUAUGCUAAGAGGCAGAAGCCUUGUAUUUAUUGAUUGAUCUGUUUAAGAAUCCCAGGCAAUUUAAUUGAUCUCAGAGAUGCCUCGGGCUUUCUUAGUGAAAAAAUCCCGUGUGUCUGUGGGCAAAAGGAACUGGAGUGAAUUGCCUGAUGAAGAGAGAGGAGAGAUCUAUGUACCAGUCUGCCUGGGGGGUUGUGCCCUGGGCAAGGACUUGGAGCCCUCGGUGGCUGAAGCCCCCUCAUAUCCUAUGCCCCUGGACCUGACCCUGCGAGAGGCGAGCUACACCGCUGCCCAGCUCCCCGGGGAGGGGCCCCCAGCUGGGCAGCACAGUGGGUUCCUGCGGCCCAAAAUGAAGGUGACGCUGGGCGAGGGGCCGGGCGAGCUGUUCUCCUGCCCCGUGUGCCAGAAGGGCUUCAGCUACCAGCGCAUGCUCAACCGGCACCUCAAGUGCCACAGCGAGGUCAAGCGCCACCUGUGCCCCUACUGCGGGAAGGGCUUCAACGACACUUUCGACCUCAAACGCCACGUCCGCACCCACACAGGCGUGCGCCCGUACAAGUGCAACCUGUGCGACAAGGCCUUCACGCAGCGCUGCUCGCUGGAGUCGCACCUGAAGAAGAUCCAUGGGGUGCAGCAGCGCUACGCCUACAAGGAGCGGCGGGCCAAGCUCUACGUGUGCGAGGAGUGCGGCUGCACGGCCGACAGCCAGGAGGGCCACCUGCUCCAUCUGCGGGAGCAGCACCCUGACAGCCCCCUGCUGCGCAAGGCCUCACGCAAGACAGCUGCCUCCCUGCACAGUGCCCUCCCCACCCUGCUGCAGAGCAGCCCGUGCCUGUGAAAUGGUGCCCCCUGCAGGGCACCCGGUGCCUAGGAGACAGCGCCCCCUGGGGGCUGGGCAGGGCCUAUACAGCAAUGAGCCCCCGUGAGACAGUGUCCCCUGGUGGGCGCCCAACACUGGGGUAGGACCAGUGACUGAGCCCUGCUGUCUGGAGACUGGACACCACGUGCUCCCUCCCAACAGUGGCCUGGGACAUGGGCAGCAUGUGGCAAAUGCUCCGAAGAAGCCCCCACCCCCUGUGGAGGAGAAGUCCCCAAUGCUAUGCCGCCCCCCACCGCCGAGGGGCAGCCAGCUAUCCACAAGCCACUGACUUUGCACUACUCCUUCCCCAAAACCUUGGGGGAGAAGCAGGCAGUUCCCUUCUGUGGGCUGCGUGGGUGCUCCACACCCUCCUUGGGCUGGCACUGCCCAGUCCCCCGGAGGCUCUGCCCACAGCUGGGCAAACAGGAUUUUUUACCAUUGUGCUAUUCUGAUGGGGAAUGGGCAGCAGGAGUGGGGUGGGGUGGGGUGGGGAGGAGCAUUUACCCCCCCAUCUCCAUCUCGGUGCCAUCCCCGUCCAUUACCCCCCCUCACACACACACACUCAGGAAGAACCCAGGGGUGGCUCUAUUCCUUGCCCCCGUUGAUCCCACCAGGACCAUUCUGCCCUGGAUUUCCCAGUCCCACCUUGGCCCCAUACCCAGCUGUUCCUGUGUGAAGUUUGCUCCGAGGUUUGCUCCCGGGCUGCUGCUUUGGGGAAGGCGUUUAUAUUACAAAUCCCAGCUGUCCCCAACCUGGGAGUCUCUGUGAGGAGACUGAGAGUCUCUGACAGGAGACCUGUGCUGGGGGGCCUGAGAAUACCUGGGAAGGGGACAAGGCUCAUUCAACUCCAGGGCCCCAACCACACUUGGGAGAAAUAUCCAUGAUAUUAAAAUCUGGGCACCAGCUUUGACUCAGGGUAGAGAUGCCUCCUCGGACGUACCUAGGAGUUGUGGGGGGGAUCCUCCAUUUCUAUAGUGCAAAUUCCCCAGGCCCCUUCGUGCCACCGUUCCCCUCCCCCCUGCCAUUGCAGAGCUGUCACUAACCUGGACAGCUGGGGGAUCAUGGUGACUGGAGAAUGUUGAUCAGGGAUUUGGGAUUUAUCUGAAUCCCAACGCAUCCUCCGCCUUAUUUGUGCUGCUCUCCUGAGGCGGGGGGCUGGGGUACAAAUGCUUUAAUGGGGAAGGGGGAGGCUGCAUGGAGCCCCCCACAUCCACUAGGUCCCCUUCCCGCUGCCUGCUCCCCUCCAACACUUCUUUACACACCAGAGAACUCCUGGUAAUUGGGGUCCCCAGGAUCAGAGCAAUUGCAGACCUCCACCUGCAUGGCCAGCCCAGAGCAUCCACUCACUGGGGUGGCAGGGGUGGUCAUAGCAGACACCCUAGGUCAGAGGGAAUGGGGUAGGGCCUCACCAUGGCCACACAGGGGUCUGCACCCCACAUAUGACCAGCUGGGCUGUUACCCUCAUCCCCCAACUACCCUCUUGUAGGCCCACUGUGACUGCAGUGGGGCGAAGCCAAGACCCAGCUUCCCCUGCACAUACUAACUCAAGUUCUUUUAAAUCUGGGGGUGGGGGGGUGGCUGCCUGUCCUCCUUGGGUAGAUAUUGGGGGACUGCCAAUCCCCAGGGCCAAGAGGAUGGGUAGAGGGACCAGUUUCCAGCUUAGCAGGGAGCUUCCCCCAGGGCAGAGGAGACCCCACAUCCCACUAAGCUGGGCUGCUCUAACUGUGUCCAUCCUGUCCCCCUCCCCCUGCACAUACAUGGGGCAGUAGGUCCUGGCAGGGGUGUAGUAGGAGGUGUUGGGGUGCCAGGGCCUGGAUCGUGUUUACAGUUUGGCUGUGGGAAACGAGCCAGACAGUUUGUUAGUAAUUGUGAGUUUGUAUCUUUGUCUGUUUGUGAGUCUAUUAAAAUCAGGGAAUUGAACCAGCUCUGAGCAGUGCUCCUGUCCAACGGCCCUUGCCUACCCCAGCCUGCUGCUGUCCCAGCCCUGGGGCCCCCUUCAGUGCUCCCAGCACCCCAUGGCAUGCUCUCUCCAGCUAAGGCUUGUCU